GUUUCUUGUUAGGUUUACAUACAACAUAUAUUUACAUAUAUAAGUAACCACUACUCAUGUUUAUAUUUUUAUAGACUUCACUUUUGCGAAUGCACCAAUUUAUCGAUAAAAACUCAUCUCUGUUGCCGGUGUACAUAAUUUUCGCCAUUUUAUUCCUGCAAUUUUUCUACAGAUGUGUUAUUGCUCAAUAUUCUGAUUAGUAAAUUAUAAAGCAUAAUUAUAAGUACAAUAACUGGAUUACACAGAACUUAGGCAAUAUGUCGGAUUACAGAUCGCAAUCUCGUGAUGGAGGCCGUGGUGUUGGUAAAGAUUACUCGAAUGACGAUGAUCCUCCAAUGUCAAGACUAUUCAUAAUAUGUAAUAAAUCGCACAAUGAGGACGAUUUCCGUGAGGCAUUUUCCCAAUUUGGAGAAAUUGAAGAUAUUUGGAUUGUUAAAAAUAAACAUACGCACGAAAAUAAAGGCAUUGCUUAUAUUAAAUUUGCGAAAACAUCAGAUGCAGCUAAAGCCCAAGAGGAAAUGAAUGGAAAAACAAUUGGAAAUAUUGAUCGAACACUUAAAGUUUUAGUUGCAGCGAAUCGCAACCAAGGUUCGAAUAAAUCUGAUAAUGAGCAUGAGAAAUACGUACGUUUGUUUAUUGUAUGCUCAAAGCAAGCAACUGAGGAGGAAUUGCGUGAAGAAUUCAGUAAAUAUGGUGAUGUUGAACGAAUUACCAUUGUGAAAGACAAACCAACUGGAAACCCCAAAGGUUUUGGUUAUGUGCGAUACUCAAAGUUUUAUCACGCUGCUCUAGCUUUUGAAAAUUGUUCACCCAAAUACAAAGCAGUUUUUGCAGAGCCAAAAGGUUCACCACGCACACAACGUGAUAACCAUGGUAGAUCAAAUGAUGACAAUUCAGGGUUUACCAGUAAUAAUAGAAAUAAUAGCAACUUCAAUAGUGGCAGUAAUGGCAAUUACAAUAACGAUUGGAAUUUUAAUUGUUCGAGUAAUAAUGAAAUGACACAGUUUCUUCGUAUGCAGAGCUCUCCUGCAUCUCAACCAACAUGUUUGGAGGUUAUUGUCAGCAAUCUUGUUAAUCAGGAUCAAUUAUGGCGUUUGUUUGAUGUAAUACCUGGUUUGGAUUAUUGUCAAAUUACUAGAGAAUAUGGACCUAGAACUAACGAGGCUAUGGUUGUAUAUGAUAAUCCAGAAGCAGCUAUAUAUGCCAAGGACAAAUUGCAUGGAUUAGAAUAUCCGAUUGGGGAGCGCAUUAUCGUCAAACUAGCCGGAAUGAAUAGUGCUCGUAUGGAUACAUCGUUUUUAGACAGACGUGUGAAAAAAGACUCUAUAGCCAAUGUAUCGUUGCCUCCUAUACAGUCCAUGGCCUCACCAGAUGAUCCAGUGGCACAGCGUUUAUUUAUCGUUUUAGCUGGAAAUCUUCCUCUAUCAAUACUCAAAAACGUAUUUAGUUGUUGGAAAGGAUUGAUUGAUGUCUACUUGCUACCUAAUAAAAACUGUGGUUAUGUUAAGUAUGCCGAAAGGGAAAGCGCACAAAAAGCUAUACAAGUUCUUAACGGUGCAGAAAUCUGCGGAACUAAACUUAAAGUUAUGGAAGCUGAAGAACGCACUGAUGGUGAUGACAGUAGUAGAAAACGUUUACGUAGGAACUAAAUACAAUACACACAUUAAAUAACAGUAUAGAAAUUAUUUAAUACGUUAAUAGAGAAACUUACUGACCACAGGAAACAGAACUACACCAAAAACAAAAUAACAAAAAGAAUGCAUAUUCUUGAACUUCAAAUACCGAUAAAUAUUUAGAAAUCUGACGGACCCUUAAAGUAAAAUCUGUUAUAUAUAGACACGACCACAAACCAAGUAAACGGAGACGACGGAGCCACGAAUUCAAUUCAUACCAACUUUAAAAACAAGAACUACAACAACAACUGGAACAAACUAAAGAACAAUUUGAGCUAAAUUAGUAUGGAAUUUACAAUAUAUAAAAAUAACGAUUUAUAACCCAACAGUAAAGAAAAACGUAUGCAGACUCAACUUUUACAGAUUGAAUGAACAAAUUACUUACUCAAGACUUUUAGUACAAAUUACAAAAAUUUUAUUGUAUGUAUACUAUAACUUUUAUUCUCUUAAAAUGUUUUAUUUUAUAAUUAUUGUCUCCAUUUACAAAUUCAUCUCUGGAUCCUUUCAUGUGGUUGGUUUGUUUUACCAUUAAAAGUAUUUAUAUUUUAUAGUAUGUAUUUCAAAAUAUUCAUAUAUUUAAUAAUUCCAAUAUUUAAGAUGUUUAACAAAUACAUAUA